AUGGCGCUGCUCUGGGGGCUCCUGGUGCUCAGCUUGUCCUGCAUGCGAGGCCCCUGCUCAGUGUUCUCUCCUGUGGGCGCCAUGGAACCCUUGGGCCAGCAGUUAAUGAGCGGGCAGACCCAGGAGAAACUGCCCCCACUUUUCCUCCUCAAGUUGGGCAAACAGCAGGAGCUGGGGGGCAAGACUGCCUGGAAGAAGGCCCCAGGAGACUGCAAGGAGGCUCCAACCCCGGAGCAGACCCACAGGCUGGCCCAGGCCAUGAUGGCAUUCACGACAGAUCUGUUUUCCUUGGUGGCCCAAAACUCCACCAGGCCCAACCUCAUCCUAUCGCCCCUGAGUGUGGCCCUGGCACUGUCUCACCUGGCACUAGGUGCUCAGAACCAAACGCUGCAGAGGCUGCAGCAGGUGCUGCAUGCAGAUUCGGGGCCCUGCCUCCCUCACCUGCUCAGCCGCCUCUGCCAGGACCUGGGUCCUGGGGCAUUCCGACUGGCUGCCAGAAUGUACCUGCAGAAAGGAUUCCGCAUCAAAGAGGACUUCGUGGAGCAGUCAGAGCAGCUCUUUGGUGCAAAGCCUGUGAGCCUGACGGGGAGGAAGGAGGAUGACCUGGCGAACAUCAACCAAUGGGUGAAGGAGGCCACAGAGGGGAAGAUUGAGGAUUUCCUCUCAGACCUGUCAGAUGGCACAGUGUUGCUUCUGCUCAACGCCAUCCACUUCCAGGGCUUCUGGAGGAGCAAGUUCGACCCAAAUCUCACCCAGAGAGAUACUUUUCACCUGGACGAGCAGUUCACGGUGCCGGUGGACAUGAUGCAAGCCCGCUCAUACCCACUGCGCUGGUUCCUGCUGGAGCAGCCUGAGAUGCAGGUGGCUCAUUUCCCCUUUAAGAACAACAUGAGCUUUGUGGUCAUCGUGCCCACCCACUUCGAGUGGAAUGUGUCCCAGGUGCUGGCCAACCUGAGCUGGGACAUCCUGCACCAGCCCUUGCUGCGGGAGAGGCCCACCAAGGUCCAGCUGCCUAGGCUGCAUCUGAAAUACCAGCUGGACCUGGAGGCCACCCUCAGCCAGCUGGGCCUGCAGGAGCUGUUCCAGGCCCCUGACCUGAGUGGGAUCUCGGACGAGAGUCUGGUGGUAUCUAGUGUGCAGCAUCAGUCCACACUGGAGCUCAGUGAGGCUGGCGUGGAGGCAGCCGCGGCAACCAGCACUGCCAUGUCCCGCAUGUCCCUCUCUGCCUUCAGCGUGAACCGCCCCUUUCUCUUCCUCAUCCUCGAGGACACCAUGAGCCUGCCACUCUUUGUGGGCAGCGUGAGGAACCCCAACCCUGGUGCGCAGCCAGAGCGCAAGGAGCAGCAGGACUCCCCUGACAACAGGGAUUCCUUCCAGAAUGAGAAAUCCUUCUCCCUCGAAGACAAGCCCUUUGGCCCUGACUUGAAACUCGCACCCCCCUUGGAGGAGGAUUACCCUCAACCUAGCAGCCCCAAGUGAAGGGCUGUGGCCGCCAGCGUCCCGAGUCCCUGCUUGGACCAGCUUCUCAACUCAUGUGACUCUAUCCAAACAGUUUUGUGGGAUGGGGGUGGGGGCCUGGGUGGGCAGCUGGGAGAGGAGAGGAGCCCUUCUCUCCCAUCUCCUUUUGGGGUGUUUGGGGUGGGGUGGUGCCAGGAGGAGAGCAGGCAUCAGGGAACCAUGGGCCUCGAUCUCCCAUCAUUUCUUCCAAAGGGGCUCAGAGGGUGUUCUUGUUGGGACUUGGGCAGAGGGGCAGCUGUGAAUUCAUUUUUGUCAGGAAGCUAGUAGCUUAUUCCCUAAGUCGGCUGGGGCACCUCCUCACCUGUUUACCAGAAAGAGGGGGACAGAGGGGAGUAGACACCCUGACUGGGGAGAGGAAAGACAGGCCCCGGGGGUGGCCCAGGGAUGCCAAGCACUGUCGUGGGCUAGAUGUUGUGGGUUGGCCUCGUCCUGCUCUGUGGAUGGAGGUCGAGCCCCCCCACACAACUGCCUGUGUCCUAAGCCAUCCAGGGCCCACCAGCCUCCAGCCCACCCUGUCACCUUAGUCUCCCCGCUGGUCCUUGGAGGUACCAACACUGCCAGGACUCCCCUUCCUUACUCUCCCCUCUGCCCGGGGACUCAGGGGCUGAGGGGGUGGGGGGGGGCAUCAGCUCCCUAAGGCUCUUUUGCAAAGUUUUUGUAGUGAUUUUUAUGCCACCUGAAUAAAGAAUGAAUGGGCCUGUC